CGCCGCUCCGAACGCAGUGCAGCAGGGCCGCAGUGCGCGUGCGCGUGCGCGGCCGCCUUACGCGCUGGCGUUUGGCUGCCGGGCGGUGUCUGUAGGGAGCCGCGGCGAGAUGGCGGGGCGGUCUAUGCAAGCGGCAAGAUGUCCUACAGAUGAACUGUCAUUAAGCAAUUGUGCUGUGGUGAAUGAGAAGGACUUCCAGGCUGGCCUGCAUGUAGUUGUGAGGACUUCUCCAAACCACAGAUACAUUUUCACGUUGAGAACCCAUUCAUCUGUUGUUCCAGGCAGCAUUGCGUUCAGCCUGCCCCAGAGAAAAUGGGCUGGCCUCUCCAUUGGACAAGAGAUAGAUGUCUCCCCAUACACUUUCGACAAGACCAAGCAAUGCAUCGGCACUAUGACAAUUGAGAUAGACUUUUUGCAGAAGAAGAGCAUUGAUGCCAACCCGUAUGACACAGACAAGAUGGCAGCUGAAUUCAUUCAGCAGUUCAACAGCCUGGCUUUCUCAGUAGGACAACAGCUUGUGUUCAGUUUCAACGAUAAACUUUUUGGCCUGUUGGUGAAGGAUAUUGAAGGCAUGGAUCCCAGCAUUCUCAAAGGGGAGCCUGGCACAAGCAAGAAACAAAAGAUUGAUGUGGGUCUGGUUGUUGGGAAUAGUCAAGUUGCAUUUGAAAAGGCUGAGAACUCCUCUCUCAAUCUGAUUGGUAAAUCUAAGACCAAGGAGAACCGCCAGUCAAUCAUCAACCCUGAUUGGAACUUUGAGAAGAUGGGGAUAGGAGGUCUUGACAGAGAAUUUUCAGAUAUCUUCCGCCGAGCGUUUGCCUCUCGAGUUUUUCCACCAGAGCUUGUGGAGCAGAUGGGCUGCAAGCACGUGAAAGGCAUCCUGCUAUAUGGACCGCCAGGCUGUGGUAAAACACUGAUGGCUAGACAGAUUGGCAAGAUGCUGAAUGCCAGAGAACCAAAGGUGGUCAACGGUCCAGAAAUCCUCAACAAAUAUGUAGGAGAGUCUGAGGCCAACAUCCGCAAGCUCUUUGCUGAUGCAGAAGAGGAGCAAAGGAGGCUUGGGGCAAACAGUGGUCUCCACAUCAUAAUCUUCGAUGAAAUUGAUGCCAUCUGCAAGCAGAGAGGGAGCAUGAUGGGCAGCACUGGAGUCCACGAUACCGUUGUUAACCAGCUGCUGUCUAAAAUCGAUGGGGUGGAGCAGCUAAAUAACAUCCUGGUCAUUGGAAUGACCAACAGACCAGACCUGAUUGAUGAGGCCCUGUUGCGACCUGGGAGAUUGGAGGUGAAAAUGGAGAUUGGUUUACCAGAUGAGAAGGGCCGACUUCAGAUUCUUCAUAUCCACACAGCCCGGAUGCGGGAACACCAGCUGAUGGCUGAAGAUGUAGAUAUUAAAGAAUUGUCUGUGGAGACCAAAAAUUUCAGUGGUGCUGAAUUAGAGGGUCUGGUGCGAGCGGCACAGUCUACUGCUAUGAACAGACAUAUAAAGGCCACCACCAAAGUGGAAGUGAAUAUGGAGACGGCAGAGUGUCUGCGUGUGACAAGGGGAGACUUCUUAGCCUCUCUGGAGAAUGAUAUCAAGCCGGCAUUUGGAACAAACCAGGAGGAUUAUGCAAGUUAUAUCAUGAAUGGCAUUAUCCAGUGGGGAGACCCUGUAACAAGGGUGCUGGAAGAUGGAGAAUUGCUUGUCCAGCAAACCAAAAACAGUGACCGCACUCCGCUGGUUAGCGUUCUUUUAGAAGGUCCCCCACAUAGUGGAAAGACUGCUUUGGCAGCAAAGAUUGCAGAAGAAUCCAACUUUCCAUUUAUUAAGAUCUGUUCUCCUGAUAAGACAAUUGGCUUUUCUGAAACUGCAAAGUGCCAAGCUAUGAAGAAGAUCUUUGAUGACGCAUACAAGUCCCAGCUCAGCUGUGUGGUAGUCGAUGACAUUGAAAGGCUGCUAGAUUAUGUUCCUGUUGGACCACGAUUCUCCAACUUGGUUUUGCAGGCCCUUCUCGUGUUGCUAAAAAAGGCACCUCCUCAGAUUUCCCUGUGUUCUGCAGCAGAAGAGAUGGGGGUGGGGGAGAAAUAGAAAGAUUGAAAAGGGCUGUCGCAGCAGGGAGCCAAGCUGGAGAAAAGGACUUCUCUGAGAACUAAGCAGCAGCAGCUCUGAAAGCCUAAGAAGCUGCUUCAUCUACAUGCAGAGUCACACAAGGCAUGGGGACGAUCACCAACACCACAGAGAUUUCACAUGUGCUUCCCUGCUGGUUCCUAUGAAAAGCUAACAAUCAGCUCGGGGAGUGAAAGACCAUUGCAGCAUCCCCUAACUAAGCUGGACGUACAAUUUGUUCAGUGUUGUGAAAUGUCCGGCUUAGCAAGAUGCUCUCGGACACCCUCGCGAAUGCCCUUCCUAUGCUCCCUGAGGCCCCCUCCUCCUUUUCUGGGACUUGGCAGGCUUCUGCAGAUUUGUGAAGGCUGGAGGGGGAGGGGAACAUGCGCCUUGUCUGGUAUAGUUCCACAUGCAGAAUAAUGAUGGCCCAGCGUUGCUGGACAUGUGCGUGUGGGACAGUAGGUUUAAAAAAUAAUAGAACCAAAUCCUGCUUUCCCGUAUACUGGUGUAAACUGGGAGUAACUUCAUUUUAGUCAAUAGUUAUUCUGGGUUUACAUCUGCGCAACUGAGAGCAGAAUCUAGCCUGUUUGGAAAAAACACCACCGCAAACCCAUCACUUGGGGAAGGAUUCCAGUCACCCAAAAGGCCUGUUAAAAAGCUGUAAGGAACCAA